ACCGGCUUGGCCCGCGCGUCCGGGAUCCGCGGCGCCGAGCCGCACCGCCCGGCGGGAGGGGCUCCGCGCAAACGUGCCUCCGCGCUCCGAGCGACCUGGAGCCCACCUCCUCCGGCCGCGGACGUGACAGGGACGGUCAAAGUUUGCUCUCCGUGGCAGCCGAGCCGUGACCGCCCCCGUCCCGCGGGAGGGAGCGAAGGGAGGCGGCGGCGCAGACGCCGGCGCAGCGGCGGCGCGAGCAGCCGGCGCGGGAGGGCGUGGAGCCGAGCGAGCCCGAGCAGGUUCCGCGCCCGCGGCCACAGCCCGCGCUGCCGGGGACUCGGGGUUCGCGCGCCGGGACCCGGGCCAGCGCGUCCUCUCCCGCUCCCAGCCGGACCCCCGGAGAAGGGCCCAGCGGAGCCGGUGCCACAGGCGACGCAGGUGGGUCCGAGGCCACGCCGCGGUCGGCAGGGACGACAGUGAGGUGGUCGCCCUGUGGGGCCGCCGUUCCGGAGGAGCGAUGGAGGCGCCGUCAGGUGCCAGGGGCUCGGCGGUCUCACCUCUGAUCCUCUUCCUGCUGGAGCUCGCCGCCGCCGCCGCCACGGAAAUACCCCUCUCAGUCCCGCAGGUGCCGACCAUCACAAAGCAAUCCAAAGUCCUGGUCGCCUUCCCCUUCGAUGAGCACUUCCAGAUCGAGUGCGAGGCCAAAGGGAACCCGCCGCCGCAAUUCACGUGGACCAAAGACGACAAGCCCUUCGACCUCUCCGACCCGCGGGUCGUGGCCUCCAACCACUCGGGGACCUUCCGGAUCCCCAACGAGGGGCACGUCGCACACUUCCAGGGCCGGUACCGCUGCUUCGCCUCCAACCGGCUGGGCGCCGCCGCGUCGGAGGAGAUGGAGUUCAUCGUCCCCAACGUCCCCAAGUUCCCUAAGGAGAAGAUCGAGCCCCUGGAGGUGGAGGAGGGGGACUCGGUCGUGCUGCGCUGCAAGCCCCCCGCCGGCCUGCCCCCACUGCACAUCUACUGGAUGAACAUCGAGCUGGAGCACAUCGAGCAGGACGAGCGGGUGCACAUGAGCCAGGAGGGGGACCUGUACUUCGCCAACGUGGAGGAGAGGGACAGCCGCAGCGACUACUGCUGCUUCGCCGCCUUCCCCAGGCUGCGGACCAUCGUGCAGAAGAUGCCCAUGAAGCUGACGGUCAGCAGCUUAAAGCGUAACUCCUCGGGCCCAUCCACAGAAACUGGUUCUGAGGCGAACUCGAUCAAGCAGAGGGAGCCCAAGCUGCUGCUGCCGCCGGAUGCCGAGAGGGGCCCCGAGCACCCGGUCACCGUCCUGCGCGGGGACACGCUGCUGCUGGAGUGCUUCGCCGAGGGCCUACCGACCCCGCAGAUCGAGUGGGAGAAGAUGGGCGGUGACUUGCCCAGAGGAAGGGAGACCAGAGAAGGCCACGGCAAGGUGCUGAAGGUAGAGAAGGUCUCCUACGAGGACCGGGGGCGCUACCGCUGCACGGCCACCAACCCCCUGGGGGCGGCCACGCACGACUUCCACGUCACGGUCGAAGAGCCCCCGCGCUGGGUGAAGAAGCCCCAGAGCGGCGUGUACAGCACGGGGACCAGUGUCAUCCUGCUGUGCGAGGCGGAAGGAGAGCCCAAGCCCACCAUCCGGUGGCGAGUCAACGGCUUGCCCAUCGAAGAGAACCCGUUUGCGGGCGACGUGGUCUUCCCCGGGGAGGUGAGCUUCACCAACCUGCAGCCCAACCACUCCGCCGUGUACCAGUGCGAGGCCGCCAACGCGCACGGCACCAUCCUGGCCACCGCCAACGUGGACGUGGUCGAUAUCCCUCCGCUGAUACAAACCGACGACGGAGAAGCCUACGCCGCGGUGGUCGGGUCCAGCGUGUCCCUGCUCUGCGACUUCUUCGCCUCGCCGCAGGCGGUGGUGUCCUGGCUGAGGGUGGAGGAGCUCCGGCCCGUGGCGGGGCCGCGGCACCAUGUCUACGACAACGGCACCCUGCGCAUCAGCGGGGCCACUGAGGAGGACGCCGGCUCCUACACGUGCUGGGUGGAGAACGCCAAAGGCAAGACCGCGGUCACGGCCAGCCUGGACAUCCGAGAGGCCACCGCCGUCCGGGUCUCCCCCGAGAACCCGCGCGUGCACCGGUCACGCACGCUGGAGCUGCGCUGCGAGAGCCGCUGCGACCCGCACCUGGCGCCCAGUCUGACGCUGGCCUGGAGCAAAGACGGGGACGCGCUGCUGACCAACGGCACGGAGGACGGCAGGGUGGUCCUCGACGGGGCCCGGCUGACCCUCUCCAACGUCACGCCGGAGGACCAGGGCGUGUACGCCUGCACAGCCCGCACCACUCUGGACAGCGUGGCCGACAGAACCCACGUGACGGUCCUCGACGUCCCGGACCCCCCGGAGAACCUGCGCCUGUCGGAGCGGCAGAACCGCAGCGUGCGGCUGGCGUGGGAUGCAGGGGACGACCACAACAGCAACGUCACCGAGUACGUCGUGGAGUUCGAAGGAGACAGGGAGGCGCCCGGCAGGUGGGCGGCACUGACCACGGUCCGCGGGGAGGGGACCUCGGUCCUGCUCCGGCUGGCUCCCUACGUGAGGUACCGGUUCAGGGUCGUCGCCGUGAAUGAGGUGGGCAGGAGCCGCCCCAGCAGGCCCUCCGACCACCAUGAGACGCCGCCGGCAGCUCCGGACAAGAAUCCGCAGAACAUCAGGGUCCAAGCCUCUCAGCCCAAGGAAAUGAUUAUAAAGUGGGAGCCCCUGAAGCCCCUGGAGCAGAACGGCCCGGGCCUGGAGUACCGCGUGGCCUGGCGGCCCCAGGGCGCGCCGGCCGAGUGGCAGGAGGAGACGGUCCGGGAGCACAGCCUGCGGGUGAUGACGCCGGCGGUGUACGCGCCCUACGACGUGCAGGUGCAAGCCGUCAACCGCCUGGGCGCCGGGCCCGAGCCGCAGCCCGUGACCCUGUACUCGGGAGAGGACUAUCCCGACGCGGCCCCGGAGGUCCAGGGGGUGGAGGUCGUGAACAGCACGCUGGUCCGAGUCACCUGGUCCUCCGUGCCCAAGGACAGAGUGCACGGGCAGCUGAGGGGGUACCAGAUCACCUGGUGGAAGACCAGGAGCCUGCUGGACGGCCGGCCACUCCCCAGGGAGGCGCGCUCGCUGCGGCUCCCCGGCCCGAGGGGCUCCGGCAUGCUGCCCGCGCUGGACGCCUUCAGCGAGUUCCGCCUCACCGUCCUGGCCUACAACUCCAAGGGCGCCGGGCCCGAGAGCGAGCCCUACACCUUCCAGACGCCGGAGGGAGUUCCCGAGCAGCCGGCGUUCCUGAAGGUCGUCAAGGUCGACAGAGACGCGGCCACGGUGGCCUGGGGGCUGCCCGAGAAGCUGAGCGGCCACCUGGUCGGCUUCCUGCUGCAGUACCAGACCAUCAACGACACCGAGGAGAUCGGGGAGCUGCACGCCGUCAACCUCACCGCUGCCGCCCCGCCCCGCUGGCGCCUGUCGGGCCUGAACUCCAGCACCAAGUACAAGCUCUACCUGCGGGCCUGCACGGCCCGGGGCUGCGGCAAGGCCGUCACGGAGGAGACCGCCACGCUGGGGGCCGGCGGCAAAGGGACCGGGCCGACCUCAGCAGGAGUCAAUGUCACUCAGCAGGGCCCCCCGCUAGAGGCCCCCCCUGCGCCCGGAGCCGAGCCCGUGGUGCGCCUGCUGACUAAGACCUGGGUGGAUAACAAUAGCAUUUUCGAAGAUGUGGUUGAGGCCAGAGGGAGAGAGCACGCGGGCCUGUACGCGGACAUCGCCACGCAGGGCUGGUUCAUCGGGCUGAUGUGCGCCGUGGCCGCCCUCACGCUCGUGCUGCUGACCGUCUGCUUCGUGAAGAGGAACCGGGGCGGGAAGUACUCAGUGAAGGAGAAGGAAGACCUGCACCCGGACCCGGAGGUGCAGUCGGGGAAGGACGAGACCUUCGGCGACUACAGCGACAGUGACGAGAAGCCGCUCCGAGGCAGCCCCCGGUCCCUGCACCGGGACACGCAGGCCACGGAGAGCGCGGACAGCCUGGUGCAGUACGGGGACGGGGACCAGCGCCUGUUCAGCGAGGACGGGUCCUUCAUCGGCGCCUACGCGGGCUCCAAGGAGAGGGGCUCCGCGGAGAGCAACGCCAGCUCCGCGGCCACCUUCCCGCUGCGGGCGUGACCGUCCCGCGGCCUCCCGCGCCCACCCACUGCGGGGCGGGGCGGGGCGGGGCGGGGCGCGUGUGUGCUGGGACGGACAUGCACGGCCAGGAGCCCGGGGACGGCAGCGCCCUGCAGACACCCGGGGAAGAGCAGCGUUGCCGUGAGGAGGGAAGCACCCAGCACCGCAGGCCCGGGGCCCCUUGUCUGCCCCUCUCCGGGUGGGAAGGUGCAGAGGACACGGCCCUGAGUGCGGACCCAGCACCCCCGCAUCCAGAGGCCCUUGGGGGGUGCUCCCCGCGUCCACAGGGCCGGGGCCACCGCCCGGGGCCUCUCAGAGCUGCCGAGGGACUCUGACAAGGGCGUGGAGAGACAGGUUAUCUAAGUGUAAAGAGGCACGUGAAUGUCUUGCCAGAACCCCGUGUGGACUGUGUACAAAACCUAUUAUUUAAGUUUUAGGACAGGUCUUCGGCAGACUCUCGGCUCCUGGUCAUGGAGCUCUACCCGUCUGCCCCCCAGGGCGCCCACGCUCGAACGGACGUCUGGCUGCUUUGCUUUCGUCGUGAAUCGCUUUCCCCGUCCGUGGGGGCGUCGGUGCCCGUCCGGUUUGUUCCGCUCUCGGACUAAACCCAGCUGCGGAGGGGGCGGCCGCCGGGGCCGCCGGACACAGCGCAGGCCGAGGUCUUCCGGCCCCCGGGGGCCCUGAGUGGGUCCACGCGGCUCCGCGUCCACAGGACGGCCGCCUCCUUUCCUGUCCGUGUGGGUGUCCAUGCAUCUGCUUCGUGAGUGCGUCGUGCACACGGUGUCCCUGCCCACACGGUGUAGAGUGGAGGCGGCUUCACGCUGAGGCCAGAGGGGCUGGAGAGCAGGCCGGCCUGUCCAUCUGUCCGUCUGUCCAGGAGGGUCAGCAGGAAGUCGCCACUCGACUCCUCUCCGGAGCCACCCCCGGACACACGAGGCCCCAGACGGGAGACUUUGUCCGAAACGCUCGCCUUCUGUUGCUACAUCGCUUCUUCCGACCGUCUCCGAGUCAGAGGCCACAUGAGUACGGGGCGGGGGGGGGGAUUGUUUCCGGAUGUUUCCAUAGCCUCUAAAACAAGUUGUGUGGCUGAGUGUGCUCCCGCCCGGCCCCCCAGAGAACACUGUUUACAGUAGAGGUUCCUGUGCGUAUAUGUUCGCCCCCCUCAUGUUUCCCCCCCUCUCGGGGGGGCCUGUCCCCCCCUUCUCCUCCGGCAGCAUCUGUGUGCACCCAGGGGGCGCCGCUCCCGGCACGCGGGCUGCCGGUCGCUCCGGAACUGUGCGUGGAAGCCCCUUUAGAAAUAGCGUGGAGGACCCUGCAUGCGCGUCGGUGAAACUCAGCGUCGACCUCUCCGUCUGUGGAAACAGGUCUUCGCCCCGCCACGAAACUCCGAGUGUUUACGCGAAACCCGUCCACAGAUGUCACUUCCUUUCUUGGACUGCGGUCGGGGGCACCGCCCCUUGAGUCCUGGACUUGGGCCUCUGUGCCCACUCGGCCUCCUGUGGGCCAGCGUCGGGGCGUGUGCAAUGGUUAUCCGCGCAGGGACCGCGUGGACUGGCUGUCGGUUCAGACCUUCUGCCGCCCCGAACUCCGUGCCCGCCUGAUGGCGGAGGAGCGGCUUUUCCGGGGGCAGCAGCAUCGUGGGCCGGCUCCCCGCGAGCAGUUUCCAGUGCUCGGCCGCUGAGGAGGCCAUGGCUGCGCCUGGCGGGGGGCGGCUGUGCAGGGGUUUUCGCUCCUGUUCUUCGUCGUCCCUCAAAAGGGGCCCGGAGGGGACCGUGCACGUUGGAAACAGCCUCGGGAAGAGCCCUGGCAGCAGGUUCACUGCCCGUCGAACACAAGUGACCACACGCUCCCUGGUCCCACCCCCAGGGCCCCCUCCUCCGUCUGGGUGGUGAGGGGGCCCCUGCCCGCCCAUGUGGUCCAAGCACCCCAAACUCCCGGACGUGGGGAGCACCGCUGCGUCCCGUCCUCCCUUGUGCCCUUGGGGGCCCCUCUUAGCCGUCCCAGCCUGUGCGGCCUCUCCCCAGAGCUCCGGUGCAGGAGGGCCGGCCCCUUCCCCUGGUCUGUCAUCAGCGCUGUGCAGACGCCGCCGGUUGGGUGUAGCCGAGGGCCGCCCCAGGUGGGGGAUCCGGGUCCUCUCCCGGUUCCAGCGCCGACCCCGGGCGUCAGACCUCCGGCAGGUGGCCCGACCCCUUCGCUGCGAGUGGUCUCAGCGACGCCGUGCCAGCGACGUGCUCAGUCCCCUUCUCUUCGUCACAGGGUGUUUUUUAUGGAGAAACAUUGAAAAUGAUGUAAAAGCUGAGAUGCCUUGUACCUUCAUCCACACGCCGGCACCCCCACGCUGCGUCAGAAAGUCACCCCCACAUACCACCGCGGUCCCCUGUGAGCACAGAAAUAUAUUUUUGUAGAGAAACAAACCUCCAGGAAGCACGCAACCCUCCUGUUCCGCGGGCAGCGCGCUGGGCACCUGCCGCCAGCACUGCCCGACGAGGAGACGGCCAAGCAGGGUCUCUGCCACACGGACGCGCUCGUCACGGACUUUGCAUGCGUGUUUGUAAGAGGGCGUGCGCUCGAGGGGUUUACUCUAUCCGUGUGACGGCAUCCGCUAUUCCAGGUGUGCCCGUGUUUAUAGCCGGUGUAAAAGCACAGUGCCGUUGUGCCGCAAGUCCCCAAAAUAAUAUCUUGCCCUAUUUUAUACGCAAGGGAGAUUUGAGCUAAAGAGAGACCGAUGGUGAGAAACGUCGGUGUGUUGUUUUCUGAGCAUGGAGAGCGAAGUUGCCAGUGGAGGCCCUCCCCGGAUUAUGUUCCCACGAGGGUACGUGGGCCAUGGACACCGUUCCGGGCGGAUCCCGCGGGGCCAGGGUCUCAGCUCGGCCGGCACACCCGCCCUCCCCGCGGCCCGGAGUGAGCCCAGUGGCUGGAGCCAGCUCGCUCCGCCCUGUCUCGGGGGCUGGAGGGCGCCCUCGCGGGGCGGGGGGGGGCCAGCGUGCCCGACCCACCGCUCCCUGGGGGCCGGGUCUGUGUUCCCAGUGGGACUUUGUCAUUGACGUGUUUGUGCUGUGGGUGGCGCUGUGUUUUCCCGACGGAUGCGUAAGGCUUCAGGAUAUUUUCAUUAUUCAUGAGAUCCGACUUUCCGAAUAAAGGUUUGACUUCCCGGA